AUGUCUUACCGAUAUGCUACCGACUCGAAUUUCGCUCUUGAUUCCAUACAAGACCUCUUGGCGGAGGUUGGGCGUCUGGAGACCAGCCGUUCUAUCUGGCGUUACGCGAAGGACCAACAGAAGACCCAGGAAGAGCGUUUCCCGGCGGCACGGGUGUGCAAACUCUGCCUCUACUUUCUUGUCCUCUACGCCCUCCUAGGUGGCUUCUCCUGGGGCUACUUCAAUUGGUUCAUGUACUUUCAAAUAUCCGCAGAAUACCCGAAACUCACAGGCGGGCAGAGCCUGUUGCAGAUGCAUCCAGGCUUGAGUCGAGUACCUAACCCCAAUGUCUUUACCAGCCUGAUUCAGUUGCGACCCUAUGAGCCGCUCUCAGAUGCUCAACUGAUUGAUCAAAUGCUGUCCUUCCUCUAUGCCUACCAAAAGAAACGAUGUGCGAUGAUGAAGGAUUGUGUCCACGGUACUGGGGCCGAUGUAGUAAAUACGCGACGACCUUGUGCCUUUGAUCUCAAUGCUGCUGGACCCUGCAAUCUCGCCAACAGUUAUGGCUUCACAUCGGGGAGUCCGUGCAUUGCACUCAAAAUGAAUCGCAUCUACGGUUGGUUGCCGGAACCCGUAGAAUUCGCCACGGGAGUCCUAGUGAAGUGUGAGGGUGAGACAGAGGUUGAUACCCUGAACAUGGGUACGGUUCGCUACUAUGACAUGGACCAUUUUUUCACGGGUCAGAGACGACCGAAGACAACCAAUGGAAGCUUCCACGCUGCCUUCUUUCCAUACCUCAAUCAGGGCUGCUAUCACCAGCCCCUGGUAUUUUCAGAGUUUUCCGGAAUGCGACGGAACACUCUGAUUCGGGUCAAGUGUUACCUCAUUGCAAAAAAUAUUCCGGUUAGCUUUGAACGUAAUGAGGGAUCUGUCCGAUUUGAGAUUCUUGUGGACUAA